UCAAGUUACCCGGUUGACAAUAAUGGGUUUGGAUACCAUGGCAUCAGAGAAGGAGGCAGCUGGUGGAGGGGUUUCUACUAUUUAUUCCGAUCUAGAAACCUCAAAGCCAGGUAUCGAGCAACUUGAGAUGGUUGCUGAUCCUGAUGAUGGUUUAUCUGAAGAAGAGAAGGCAAAAAUAGAUCGACGUUUGCUGAGGAAGUUAGAUAUGCGACUUAUCCCUUGGCUGUCCUUACUCUAUCUAGCAUCUUUUCUCGACCGCACAAAUAUUGGAAAUGCAAAGAUCGAUGGUCUCCAGGAAGCACUUCAUAUGACCGAUGGCCAAUACAACGCUUCGCUGACCAUCUUCUUCAUCUCCUACUCUAUCUUUGAGCCCCUUACUAACGUGCUACUCAAACGGACACUACCUAGUAUAUUCAUCCCAACAAUCAUCGUUCUCUGGGGCAUUUGCAUGACAACAAUGGGGCUUGUCCACAACUUCUCCGGUCUUAUGGCCGCACGAUGGUUCCUUGGAUUAGCAGAAGCUGGUCUUUUCCCCGGUAUUAGCUACUAUCUUUCCUGCUGGUAUAAACGGUCUGAAUUCGGCAUUCGGAUGGCCAUAUUCUUUUCUGCUGCUGCGUUAGCGGGCUCAUUUGGCGGCCUUCUGGCGGCUGCCAUUGCCAAGAUGGAUGGGGUGGGUGGAAAGGAUGGCUGGGCGUGGAUCUUCAUCCUAGAAGGUCUCGCAACCGUCGUCAUAGGGGUGUUUUCCUUCUGGCUGGUGUACGACUUUCCGGACAAAGCUAAAUUCCUAUCUGACGUGGACCGAAAGCGCGUAAUGCGACGUCUGGCUCUAGACCAACAAUCCAGUUCUGCAAAGGAGCACGAGUGGAAAUCCUCAUAUAUGUGGGACAGCCUGAAAGAUCAUAAGACUUGGCUCGGUGCUAUUAUCUACAUGGGUGCUGAUGGAGCAUUAUAUGCUUUUUCAUUGUUCGUACCAACCAUUAUCAAAGAACUAGGCUACUCAUCUACACGUGCGCAGCUUCUCAGUGUGCCUCCUUAUGCUUGCGCUGCUAUCGUAACAGUCUCGGUUGGCUACAUAGCUGAUCGCACGCGUCAGAGAGGAAUAUAUAACAUUCUCGCAUCUAUCUUGGGAAUAGUGGGUUUCUCAAUGUUACUAGGCACGAAUUCGCCCGGUGUUAAAUAUGCGGGAGUCUUCCUUGGAGCCAUGGGCAUUUAUCCCUGCAUUGCUAAUACCAUUGCCUGGGUCAGCAACAACGUAGAAGGCAUCUAUAAACGUGGUGUUACUAUCGGAAUCAUGAUCGGAUGGGGAAACCUAAACGGUAUCAUGUCCUCUAAUAUUUAUCGCAGUGCUGAUGCACCGAAUUACUAUCCCGGCCACGGCACGGUUCUGGCGUACUUGACACUCUUUUUAUUUAUUGGGUCAGUUGUAGAAUAUUUUCUGCUGCGGAGGGAAAAUCGAAAGCGCCGACGUGGCGAUAGGGAUCAUCGUGUUGAGGGAUUAACUCCUGAAGAAAUUGAACAGCUCGGAGACAAGAGGCCUGACUUUAUCUACACGAUAUAGCCUCACGUGGUGGUGUCAUUCUUGCGAGUUUUGACUAAAGUGCUUUGUCGUUUCUUCGAAUAGCUUAAACAUGGAUUUUAAUCGAACUGAAG